AUGGCGCUGCUACUGGCAUAUUCCCCCCUAUCUGCUGACAAUGGCCGCCCCUUCUUCGACACCAAACUCACGGCUGCCUCGAUCUCCAGCGAUCUUUCCAACAACCGGCUCGUCGGAGCGAUCCCCGCCGAAAUUGGCGCGCUGCCGUCCCUCAAAACCAUAAACCUCUCCAACAACAACAUUAACGGGACCAUCCCAGCCGAGAUUGGCCGCCUUACCCGCCUCGAGAACAUCAAUUUGCAGAGCAAUCAGCUCUGGGGCCGAGUCGACCUAGACUGGUGGAAUCUGACGGCCCUGCAGCAAGUAAACCUUGACGACAACUCUCUCUGGGGAACGGUGCGCCUCAGACAGUGCUCAUCCAACGAGACCCACGAACAAGCCGGCCUUGUGUGGAACUUUGGAGGACUGGACUGUUUCCAGACGACUGUCGCAAACCCAGCCGUCCUGCCCUCCACCACCUCUGUCGCCCCGGCCCUGAUGGGCUCCCCGACGGUAGCAGCCAGCUCCACCAACCCGGCUCCUUCGGGCCUGUUCUCGGACCCAUACGGCGGACCCAUGAUCGCCCUGUGGAUCCUGGCUGGAGUUGCCCUGAUCUCCGUGGUCGUCUCGGUCGUUCAUGUCUGGCGGAGACGACGCCUUCGCAAGCACCAGCUCGGAGAAGGCAAGCCAGAGGAUCCCGAGCAAGCCCGGCAGACAAACUCGCUCGAGUCCCUGCCCACCCAGCCGAGCCUAUCGUUGCAAAACCCAUCACCGUCCCCGUCGCCAUCGUCAUCACUGGUGCCGUCGCCGCCGGCCGUUUCUCUGCCACCACCUUCAUCCCUCCAGCCGUCUCCGUCGCCGCCACUGUCGUUCCUGCCGUCCCAUCGAUCGUCGCUGUCGUUCCUGCCAUCCCAUCGAUCGUCGUACUCAGCCCGGAGUAUCACUGCCCGUGACGGCGCUCACGGCACCCACGGAUCUGCCGGUCUGCUCAAAUCCAGCUUUGAAAACUCCAAGCGGAUUCGAUCGAUGGAGCAGCUGAUUCUUCAAAAGUGCCUCAACCAGCUCGAGCUCUACCACCAGCCCAACGAUUCGGGUGAAAACCUGGCGCGGCUCUCGGUCCAGAGCGGCGUCAGCUCCAUUCCGAACCGAAGCAUCCGGAACUCGGCCUACAGCGACCGCAAGCUCAACUUUUACCAGGCCAUCGAGGCUCACGCCGGGAACGAGUCUGAGCUGGAUCUGGAAGUCGGCGACUUGGUGAUCCUGACGCAGUUUCUGGACAGCACGCGUGCCGAGGCCAUCAAGGAGAGCACCGGGGCGCUCGGUGUCGUGUACAUCACCAAGAUCCUCCCAACCACCCGCUCCAUACCAUAG